CGGGCGCCGCUCCUUCCUGCCGGCGGAACCGCGGCCGCCAUGGCGCGAAACGUGUUGUACCCCCUGUACCAGCUGGGCGGACCCCAGCUCCGCGUGUUCCGAACCAACUUCUUCAUUCAGCUGGUCCGGCCUGGCACCGCCCAGCCCGAGGACACUGUGCAGUUCCGGAUCCCCAUGGAGAUGACCAGGACGGACCUCAAGAACUACCUGGAGCGCAUCUACAGCGUGCCGGUAGCCGCCGUGCGGACCCGGGUGCAGCACGGCUCCAACAGGAAGAGGGACUACAGGAACGUGAGGAUCAAGAAGCCCGAUUACAAGGUGGCCUACGUGCAGCUGGCCCACGGGCAGACCUUCGAGUUCCCGGAUCUGUUUCCCGCGAAGGAGCAGAGCCCAGCGGAGGAAGGGCUGAGCGGGCUCCCGGAGGCGGCAGCGCCCAGGCAGAGCAGCGACCCCCGGCGCGGCGGCGUCCCCUCCUGGUUUGGCCUGUGACCCCGCAGGGGUGGGCGCGGGGCUAAAUAAAACGUUCUGCCCUGUGACAAAAGG